AUGAUGUGGAGAUUACAAAGAAAUUUCAGUGCUCUAACUAUUAAUCUCAUCAAAAAAAAUAAAUUACCACCAAGACCAAAAUUUAAUGAACAACUAGAAACUGAAUGUACUGAAAGUUUUAUGCAUGGAGGAAGAGGACCAGGUGGUCAAAAAAUAAAUAAAAGCAACUCCAAAGUACAAUUAAAACAUAUACCCACAGGUAUAGUGGUCGAAUGUCAAGAGACAAGAUCAAGGGACCAAAAUAGAAAAAUAGCAAGAGAAAAAAUGGCUUUAGCCAUCGAAAGAUUUAGAAAUGGCAUAGAGGUGAACGGUGAAGUGAUAUCUGAAAGGGAGAAAGCAGUACAAGAAUGGCAUCGUCAAUCAAAGAAAUCAAAAUAUAAAAAAAGUAAACAGAAAUAUGAAGAGCAUCAAGAAUUGAAAAAACAAAAAGAAUUAGAACAAUUGAAAAAGGAUGAAGAGAUAUUAAAAUCUAUAUUCCAACAAAACUAA